AUGGGUUUGGGCACACGUUUUGCGGAGUUUAUCCGCUGGUAUCCUCGUGGCAUGUCGGCCGAGGAGAGACGUCUUGUCGCCAAAAUUGACUGGCUUGUGUUGACUUACGCGUGUCUCUCGUUCUUCACCAAGUAUCUGGACGUGUCCGCUCUCAGCAACGCAUACGUCUCUGGCAUGAAAGAGGAUCUGCACCUCACAGGCAACCGGCUUAACUACAUCAACGCAGCUUACGAAGUCGGAUACGUCGUCUUCCAGGUACCAAGCAACAUCCUCGUCACCAAGAUCCCGGCCCACUACUACCUUCCGGCCGUGGAGAUCUUCUGGGGCAUGUUUACUCUGGGGACGGCAUUCAUAAAAAACUACAAUCAACUGGUGGUUAUGCGCUUUUUCGUCGGCCUAAGCUCCACUGCAUGCUACAUCGGCUGUCUACAUGUUAUUAACUCCUGGUACAAGCGCAAUGAGCUCGGCAGACGCAACGCCCUGUUCUGGUGCGCGAACCCGCUCGGCACCAUGUUCGCUGGCUAUCUGCAAGCGGCCGCCUACAAAAACCUCAACGGAAACCACGGCCUCGAGGGGUGGAGAUGGUUGUUCAUUAUAUGCACAAUCAUUACGAUUCCUAUCAGCAUCGUCGGUUUUGUCUUUUUCCCCGACAUCCCUGAGCGGACCACCACAAGGUGGCUGACCGAGGACGAGAAGAAGCUCGCACGCAGCCGUGUUGAGGCCGACGGCUUCAUGCCGACGCUGGGGCUGAACAAGAGUCUCUUCGCCCGCGUGCUCAAGAUCAAAGAGUUUUACAUCUUCGUCCCGCUCACCGUCAUCUUCUUUACCUGUCUCUACGGCUACAACACGCCCUAUCUCCUCUGGCUCAAGUCUCAGCAUGGCCGCUACUCCGUUCCCAAGGUCAACGAUCUCGGCACCGUCUCUUCAGCCGUAUCUGUCGUCAGUGCCAUAGCCGUGUCCUACUAUACCGACCUGAGCGGCUCGCGCUGGGAGGCUGCCACUCUGGCCGGCAUUCUCUGCGUCUUCUCCAACGUUGUUCUUGCCGUGUGGCACAUCCCCUAUGGCCUUAAGUUCUACGCAUACAUUGCGCUAGGUGCCGCGCACGGCGUCGGGCCGCUGCUGGUCACCUGGACGGCCGAGGCGCUGGCUGGCGAUCUCGAGACCCGCUCCAUCGUGUUUGCCGUUCAGAAUACUCUCGGCGAGGUUGCAGGCCUGGUGGUUCCUCUGGUGGUUUGGCAGGUGUCGCACUCGCCAACCUUCCAUGGCGGCUUCAUCUGGGCCACAUGCAUCAGUGGGCUCUUCCUUGUCAAUGUCGCUGUUAUCACAAUCUGCCAACGGCGCGAUAAGCAGCGGGCGACACAAACAGCCGCGGAAGAGACUGGCGAUGUAAAUGGCAUGUCCCUCGAGGAGGAGAAGGCUGUCGAUACGUCCAGCAAAGAGAUUCGAGAAACGAGUUAG